ACACUAUGAGUGCAAUGGCAGUCCGACAAACUGCAAUGACCCGUGCCAGUCUGCUCCAAGAGGCGGGCUAACCAACGCGCGCUUUUCAAACCGGCCGGCAGCGCGCGAAUACCAGUGCUUCUAAAUUUGAAUAUUUGAAAGUGCAGUAAAAGAUAGUAGUAAACAUGCCUGAUCAAGAAUACUCUGACUGCAGGGAUCUCGUCACAAUCAAAGACUGGCUUCAGAAACAGCCGCAUCUGCCUGAUGAUGUUGAGGAGCUGCUCCUGCGCCGGUUCCUAGCGAGCUGCGGCUACAGUUUGGAGCUGACAAAGCGCACCAUAGACUUCUUCUUCACGCUGCGGUCCAACGCACCAGAGAUAUUCUGCAAACGCGACCCCUGGGCUCCUGAGAUCAGACGCGUCUUGGAGAUCACAGACCUGAUCCCGCUACCUCGGAAAACGAAGGAGAACUACAAAGUCUUCAUCUACAGACUGAACACUCCGGAGAUAGAACUGUUCAACUUCGUGGACGCUGUGAAGACAUUCUUCAUGCUCGCUGACACGAGGCUCACAGAAGAAGAGGACAUACCGGCCGGAGAAGUGCCUAUCUUCGAUUCCGCCAAUGUUUCGUUGAAGUUCAUACCGAAGAUUAACUUGUCGGUGCUAAGAAAAUAUAUGCUGUAUACGCAGGAGGCCAUCCCGAUCCGGCUAAAGCAGAUACACGUGAUCAACGCUCCAGCCUACAUCAGCAAGAUUCACGCCAUCUGCAAACCAUUCCUCAAGACUGAAGUCGCUAAGUUGAUUAAGUUCCACGAGCCGAACUCGGACUCCCUCUAUAAGGACGUGCCUCAAGACCUGCUGCCUGAGGAGUACGGAGGUAAAGCUGGAACAGUGGAGCAGAUCAAACGAUAUUGGGUCAAACGUAUCGAAGCCAAGAGGGACUGGUUCCUCAGCAAUGACCAGCGCUGGGCAGUGGACGAGGCCCUGCGACCCUCAAACUGCAAGGACGAGAGAUCUGACAAGGCGCGGGAUUUGCCUGGCUCCUUCCGAUCACUCGCUUUGGAUUAGUGUGCAUUCUUAACCCUCUAAGAAAGGAGAGGGUUCAAAAGUUAUUUUAAGUCUACUUUCUUAACCCUCUAAGGAAAAGGGUUUUUAGUUUGACGUGUGUACCUGUAUGUUUGUUUAAGGUAUUUUAAAAGCGGUUUGUAUGUAGAUUUUUCGUUAGUUCUUUGAAUAAUGUGAUUGGACGGGGUUCAUUGGAAAUGAAAAAAAAAAUGAUUUAUUGAUUUGUCAAGUAACCCAUAACAAAGCGUACUUAUUCCAGUUUUCUUCUCAGAUGUAAUGCACGCAGUUCCAAUUUUUAACUAUGCAACUUUUCGCUUCAUUUGAUAUAAAUCGACGUACAUUCACACGUUAAUCUAAUAUUAAGCAACAGUGCUAUGUGAAGACUUAGAUGUAAGUAUAGAUGUUAAGCAGUAACUUAGGCAUAUUAUGUACGCCGGUCACAAAUAAUUAUUUGUGAAACUGGAGUGAAUGGGUGUGCUCUAUUGAAAAGAUUUCCGAAACUUUAUAUUGUUACUACCUAAACAUAAGUUUUAUUUUAACCAAAUUUGUAUAAUAGUAUCACUUCUAUCUGGAUUAUAACACAAGGUACAACUGUCAACAAAUAUUCCAACAUACAAAAUUAUCACUUGCACCAUAAAAAUACAUGCAGUUUUAUUAAACAGUCAUAUUUUCAGCAGAUUAGGCAAAAAAGCGUGUCUCUUGACUCUAUCAAGAGUUAGCGAUACUUUACAUAUUUCCAAACGUAAGAAGGCGUGGGCCUUAAUUUAAACGCUAAUUUUAGUGUGUGGGGACUGAACUCUGAUUAUUAUUAACAUUUCUGUGGGAAGGUCCAUCAUUGUGUAUUAAUUUGAGCAAGAGAUAUCGUAAUGACUGC